CUAGAACAGACGCACUAUGCUGAGUCCCGGGGUGAGCACCACUCAUUUAUUCCAGAACUAUUCAUUCAAUGCCUACUUUGUGCCAGGCGCUGUUCCAGAUGCUGAGGAUACAGCAGAGGCAAGAAAGACAGAUAAGAACCAUGCCCUCCUGGAAGCCUCAUUCCAUACUACAAACAAUUCUACAUUAUAGCAAAUAAGAACAUGAGCAAGAUAACUGCAAAUAGUGACAUAAGUGACACCUAGAGGCCAGAAAGUUAAAGACCAUCCAGUACUAUCUACAGUAGAAUCCAAUGCAGCACUUGAAUUCAUAUCCUGAGAUCAAGACCUGAGCUGAGAUGGAGUCAGAUGCCUAACCGACUGAGCCACCUAGGCGCCCCUCCUGCAUCUUUUAAAAUUGAAGAUUUGAGGACAUUCUGUGCCUGCAAUGUGGCUGGUGGGGUAGCAGGUGUUGCUGUUGACCUGAUAUUAUUUCCUCUGGAUACCAUUAAAACCAGGCUGCAGAGUCCACAAGGAUUUAAUAAGGCUGGUGGUUUUCGUGGAAUAUAUGCUGGUGUUCCUUCUGCUGCUAUUGGAUCCUUUCCUAAUGCUGCUGCUUUUUUUAUCACCUAUGAAUAUGUGAAAUGGUUUUUGCAUACUGAUUCAUCUUCAUAUUUAAUGCCUGUGAAGCAUAUGUUGGCUGCCUCUGCUGGAGAAGUGGUUGCCUGCCUGAUUCGAGUUCCUUCAGAAGUGGUUAAGCAGAGGGCACAGGUAUCUGCUUCUUCAAGAACAUUUCAGAUUUUCUCUAACAUCUUAUAUACAGAGGGCAUCCAAGGAUUGUAUCGAGGCUAUAAAAGCACAGUUUUAAGAGAGAUUCCUUUCUCAUUGGUCCAGUUUCCCAUGUGGGAGUCCUUAAAAGCCCUCUGGUCCUGGAGGCAGGAUCAUGUGGUGGAUUGUUGGCAGUCAGCAGUCUGUGGAGCUUUUGCAGGUGGAUUUGCAGCUGCAGUCACCACACCUCUGGAUGUGGCAAAAACAAGAAUCAUGUUGGCAAAGACAUUCUGUAAGCAAGUGGGGCUGUUUUUACGGGUGACAGACCUGAGGCCCAGAGAGUUGACUUGCUUCAUGCUAUGCAGCAGGCUGGUUCCAGCACCGCUAGCGGCAAUGUACUCUCUGCGCUGCACGGGGUCUGGCGGACGCAGGGGCUGUCAGGAUUAUUUGCAGGUGUCUUCCCUCGAACGGCAGCCAUCAGUCUGGGAGGUUUCAUCUUUCUUGGUGCUUAUGAGCAAACCCGCAGCUUGCUGUUGGAACUUGGCAGAGCGAGCCCCUGACUCCGGACGGUGCCCCAUGCUCUGCUCUCAGGAAAGGGGACGCCGUGCGAGCAGCUGCAGUCGCCAGGCUCGGAGAAGUGUCCAGCAGCCCACGUGGUGUGAGACAGAGCCAGCAGUUGCAGCCCAGGGCCUGGGAGGGCGUGGUGGGCCCACUGAGGACCUGAGUCCCCCUCCCCGCGAGCCCCAGAGGAGGGGCCUGGGCCAGCGGGGAGACAGCACCAUUUCUCCACGCCUGGUCAGGUACCAACACCAGCAGCCUCUACCUUAAUAAAAAGCCUCGAAUGACAAUCGAACGAUACGGAUGACAACCACAUUUGCUUUUCUCAUAGAAGAAAGGCAGGCAGUGCUUAAUUGCUUGGAACAAAUGCCUCGUGGCA